GAAUGGGAAACGCCAUAGGAGGGAGUAAAAAAGCAAAGGUGAUGAAGAUAGAUGGUGAGACUUUCAAGUUGAAGACACCAGCUACAGCAAACGACGUCGUUAAAGACUACCCCGGUCACGUUCUCCUUGAUUCUCAAGCCGUGAAACAUUUCGGGCUUCGGGCCAAGCCACUCGAACCUCACCACAAGCUCAAGCCCAAGAAAAUCUAUUUCUUGGUUGAGUUACCGAAACCUCAGCCCGAACAACAACAACAACAAUUACCGAGGAGGGUGCGAUCCAGUGGUAUCCGCGGCAUGAACGCUAAGGAUAGGCUCGAUUUCUUGAUGCUGUCGAAACGCUCCGUUUCGGACCUCGUGAAACCUUCGUCUAAUCUUGGCAUGGAUGGGCCCGGCCCAGUAAAUGGUGGGCCCACGACGGUAAAAAUGAGGCUUCCUAAAGCCCAGUUGGAUAGGUUAAUGGAGGAGAGCCACGACGGAACCGAUGUGGCGGAGAAGAUCAUAAGUUUGUAUAUGGGGAAUAAUGCCGCCGUGGACGGUGGCGGAGAGCUUCAUAAUCACAACAAGCCACGAAGGGGAAUUAAGUUAAUGUUCUUUCUUGAAUAUGAAUUUUCAGAAACGAGUGAGUUUCAAUCCAGUGGAACAAGGAGAAAUUCAUGAAGAAGCAGCUACUCAAUAGCCACCAUUCCUUAUAGUCAUUUAAGCAGAUGCAAGUCAUAGCAGCACUUAAAUCUGUAGCCAAUAUAUUGAUAUAGAUAUGUUUAUACAUUUUAUACAUUUGUAGUGUUAAAGGUAAGA